AUGCUCAUCGGAUCCCCCAACGAAGAAGACGCCGAAGCCGACGAUGAUGCUGACGACGACUCCAACAGCGAGCUCAGGUCCAAACGCAACCUGUCUCUCGAGCACCACUACCCUCCGACAACCGAUCUCUUCAAUCUAGACAAGGAAUGCCAGAAGCUUGCCCUGCCGACCAACGCCAUAAUCUUCCUCUACCUCUGGUUCGUUUGGAAUGAUGCUGAGCCCAAGUGCAUAGACAAUACAAGCUCUCCUUCUCCUUCUGGCAGCGUUACCUUCUGUUUUCUCUGGUUCUUCAAGUGCAAGGCCGUGGUUCCCCUGCUCACUGCCCACGUCAGGGUGCUCUUUGACUUCCACUGGGGCGGCGCCGGAGUCUUCGUCGUCAUCUCUGCUGAUGGUUUUAGGUGA